GUUCGGUUUUGGAGCGAGAGAGCCCGGAAAAUCUCAAACUUCCCCCCGAACGAUCCCCAAAAAUGCCGUAAAAUCCCUUUUAGAACCGAAAAAUCGUAGUCAUCGCGUUGUGGCGAGUGAUUGCCCAGUGCUGCCACUCAUCCUGAAACAGGUGUCCCCACCUAAAGCUCCUCAUUGCCCCCCAGAAUCGUUGUUUUCGAUCAAAACUGCAGUUGUGGGGAGGAUCCCAGCAGUGUCGAGUGUAUCGUGUCAGCUCCUCACCCAGUACAAGUUACAGAAGGCCUUCGCAAUGUACACCUGCGAGGAAUUUCAUCGCCACUAGGUCAUAGGUGUGUAUGCCGGUCCCUGCAGUUGGGUUAAAUGAAAAAUAUUGUCGUUUAAAAAACGUCACUCGUGGGGUCAAACGUGGGAACAAGUGCUCGGGAGUGAAAUUGGCUCUGGAUUUUUUUAUCAGUACGUUUAGAUUAUUUUGCAUCAUAUCUCGUGCGUGAGACUGUGUCCUGCAUCCUCUCGUUUAUCUCUCGCUCGCUCAGUCGAGAGAACAUUCCCCCCUUCACGUCCUGAUUACAACGUCAUGUGGAUGGAACAUUAUUUCGUCGGGGUUUGAAUAAGGAAAUUGGAAAAAAACCCUCGUAACGAUGACAGGGGACAGUAGCACCCCCUGAGGUCACGUGCAAUCCUACGAGAAAAGUUAGCAGGUCUCCGCGGAAGUCCCCCGAAGAAAUCUCCAGCAAAAUAAAACGAAAAAAAAAACGCAGACAAUAGUAUCAGGUGAUGAGCCGAGUAUUGCCCCCUGUGAAAAACCAAGAAAGUAAAAAUGUUUCGCUCAAAGAUCCGUAUUCACACGUGCCAAGUGAUACUGCUGACUUCUCUGGUAUGGUUUCUGGUGGAUGUCAUAGUGAUAAUGCUGUACUCUGACUGUAUACGCGGUACAGGAUGGGGUUGUCCUGAUAGCAAACAAAUUACCGAGGAAAUUGGUAAUGCACCUCAUUUGCAAUCACCAAAGAAUGAGAUUGAUACGUCAGGGGAUGGAAAGAACAAGCCGUCGAAAUUUAAACUGUGGCGGCCAGCUAAAGUCGUGAAGGAGAACAAGGGAAAGCCCGGGGAAAUGGGCAAUCCUGUGAGAAUUGGACCGGAGGAUGAGGCCAAGCAGCAAGAGCUGUUCAAGCUCAAUCAAUUUAACUUGAUGGCGAGUGACAUGAUAGCGUUGAAUCGCUCGUUGAAGGAUGUCAGGUUCAAGGGCUGCAAGACCAAGCCAUAUCAGAAGACACUUCCAGAUACUAGUAUUGUCAUUGUGUUUCAUAAUGAGGCGUGGAGUACACUGCUGAGGACAGUCUGGUCGGUCAUCAAUAGGUCGCCCAGUGCAUUGCUCAAGGAGAUCAUCCUCGUUGAUGAUGCCAGCGAAAGAGAUCACCUCAAACAAGAUCUUGAGGACUAUGUAAAAACAUUACCAGUCCCGACGUACGUCUACCGCCAGGAGAAACGAUCGGGACUGAUAAGAGCCAGACUCUUGGGUGCUGAAAAAGUUACGGGUCAAGUGAUAACAUUCCUCGAUGCUCAUUGCGAAUGCACAGAGGGCUGGCUCGAGCCAUUGCUCAGUAGAAUAGCGUACAACAGAAAAACAGUGGUCUGUCCCAUAAUCGAUGUGAUCAGUGACGAGACAUUUGAGUACAUAACAGCGAGCGAUAUGACCUGGGGUGGAUUCAACUGGAAACUCAAUUUCAGAUGGUAUCGAGUGGCGCAGAGGGAAAUGGACAGGCGUAAUGGGGACAGGACAGCUCCAUUAAGGACACCCACAAUGGCCGGUGGAUUGUUCUCCAUUGAUAAAGACUACUUUUACGAACUUGGGGCUUAUGACGAGGGAAUGGACAUCUGGGGGGGUGAAAACCUCGAAAUGAGCUUCAGGGUGUGGCAGUGCGGUGGAAUAUUAGAAAUAGCCCCAUGCUCCCAUGUGGGCCAUGUAUUCCGUGACAAAUCACCGUACACGUUCCCUGGUGGUGUCAGCAAGAUUGUACUUCACAAUGCUGCUAGAGUAGCCGAGGUCUGGAUGGAUGAGUGGAGAGACUUUUACUAUGCCAUGAACCCAGGUGCGAGGAGUGUGCCAGUGGGCAACGUAUCGGAGAGAGUGCAACUGCGAGAGAGAUUGAACUGUAAAAGCUUCAGAUGGUAUCUGGAGAACAUUUAUCCCGAGUCACCCAUGCCCUUGGAUUAUUAUUACCUGGGGGAUGUUAAAAAUGUGGAGAUGAGGAAUUGCCUGGAUACUAUGGGGAGGAGAACUGGGGAGACUGUUGGGUUGAGCUACUGUCAUGGGCUCGGUGGUAAUCAGGUGUUUGCAUACACGAAGAGGCAGCAGAUAAUGUCCGACGACAUGUGCCUCGACGCAGCCAGUCCUCAGGGUCCAGUUAAAAUAGUCCGGUGUCACGGAAUGGGGGGAAAUCAGGCAUGGGUCUAUAACGAAGAAACAAAAAUGAUCAGACACACCAACACUGGUCACUGUCUAUCGAUACCACCCCCAGGCGACGCAGCCCAGCCAGUUUUAUCCCCCUGUGAUGUCCGCAAUCCCGGACAAAAGUGGAUAAUGAAGAGUAAAUUCAAGUGGCAAGCAAGCUAAUACACACCGAAAUACGAAUUAACCAGCAGGCAAUACUUGUUAAUGUAUUUAUCAAAUUCUAAUUUCAAAAAUGACUCUCAGAGAGUUCUGGACGAGUGGUUGUGAAUCAGCAUGAAUUAUCGAAUAGAUGAAUAUCAAUAAAAGAUCAUCAGUUGACGAACAAAUGAAUGAGAAUGCGAAUGAAAUAAAAUGAAAGAUUAACAAAAACUGGAGUGAAACAGUUUGAAUGUUAAUUUUUUAAUCUGAAAUCGUCUGAGAUUUUUAUUAUUAAGGAGAAAGAGUAUCUAGACAGAGCAGUAUGGAGCAUUUACUGCCAUUUUUUAUGGUAUGCCUUGAUAGUAAUUGCACCUGGGAGAUUAACAAAAUCUAAUGAACGCUUUUGUGAGUCCUGAGAAGUGAAAAUCGAUAUGCAAGGCAUAAGUUGAGUGAUUGGAGCAAUCAUGCGAGAGUUCAAGCAUAUCAGACCACUGUUGAAUAAAUAAUUGUUGAUAUAGAGAAUAAUUUACUUCGAGAAAAAUUUUUUUCUCUCAAUUUUCAUUACUUCUUUUUUUAUCGCAUACACUGUUGGAAAUUUCUUUGGAAUUUCAGGAAUUGCUGAAAAAUUUUAGGGGAAAACCUGGGGUAUUCAAAAGGAAAUUUUAUUAUUGGUUUUUAUUUUAUAGGAAAAUCAAUAGAGUUUUAUCUUUUUUAGGAAUUUUUCC